AUGUGUGAGCAAUUAACCGACAUUGACUGGGAAAAAUUGUCCCCCGACAACCCAGAUAUUAUGCAGUACCAAGCUACGAUCAACAUCGGAACGAUUGGUCAUGUCGCUCACGGUAAGUCUACGGUAGUGCGAGCUAUUUCCGGAGUUCAGACGAUUCGUUUUAAGAACGAGAUGGUGCGAAAUAUUACAAUCAAGCUAGGUUAUGCAAAUGCAAAGAUUUACAAGUGCGACAAUCCCGACUGUCCUGCUCCUGACUGCUACGCUUCUUACAGUUCCGAUAAAGAGCUUCAUCCCAAAUGUCAGCGUCCUGGCUGUGGCGGCACGAUGAACCUGCUUCGUCACAUCUCGUUCGUGGACUGCCCUGGCCACGACGUGUUAAUGGCCACCAUGCUGAGCGGCGCUGCGGUCAUGGACGCCGCCCUCCUGCUCAUCGCCGGCAACGAGCCCUGCCCGCAGCCGCAGACGAGCGAGCACUUAGCAGCCGUGGAGAUCAUGAAGCUGCAGAACCUGAUCAUCCUCCAGAACAAGAUUGAUCUGAUCAAACGCGAGCAAGCGCUGGUCCAAUUCGACAGCAUCCGCAAGUUCGUGUCGGGCACGGUGGCCGAGAAGGCGCCGAUCAUCCCCAUCUCCGCGCAGCUGAAGUACAACAUCGACGUGGUGUGCGAGUACAUCGUGAACACGAUCCCUCUGCCCGUCCGCGACUACGCCUCCGCGCCCCAGAUGAUCGUCAUCCGCUCCUUCGACGUCAACAAGCCCGGCCAGCGCGCCGAGGAGCUCAAGGGCGGCGUGGCUGGAGGCUCCAUCCUCAAGGGCGUGCUGCAGCUCGGCGACGAGAUCGAGAUCCUGCCGGGGCUGGUGAGCAAGGACGCGCAGGGCGUGGUCAAGUGUGUGCCCAUCUUGGCGCGCGUGGAGUCGCUGCACGCGGAGAAGAACACGCUGCGGUACGCCGUGCCGGGAGGACUGAUCGGUGUGGGGACGAAGAUUGACCCGACUUUGACAAGAGGUGACCGGCUGGUGGGACAGGUGCUGGGACACAAGGGGAAGCUGCCGAGCGUGUUCACGGAGAUCAACGUGACGUUCUAUCUGCUGCGUCGACUGCUGGGCGUGAACGAGCAGGAGGCGGACGGGAAGGCGAAGGUGACGAAGCUGGUCCGCGGCGAGGUGCUGAUGGUGAAUAUUGGGUCGACCAGCACGGGAGGACGCGUGGUGAGCGUGAAGAACGAGACGGCGCAGAUCGCGCUGACGAAGCCGGUGUGCACGCAGGAGGGAGAGAAGAUCGCGCUGAGUCGGCGAAUCUCGAACCAUUGGAGAUUGAUCGGAUGGGGACAGAUCGUGCAUUGAGGAACCAGGGGCGAGUGUUUGUUGGAUGAAUUCGCGUGGGUCAACGAGAAGGGGAGGAAAGUGGAAUGGAUUG